GUGUGUGAGGAAAAGGUCGGUUUCAGGUGUUUAGCGUUCUCAGCCCGAUACAGGAAGACGUCCCUGUUACUGUGAUUAAACUUCAACACAUUUAUUAUUUUCUGCUGAACAACUUCAGGAUUUUGCUGCGCACUUGGAUAAAAGGAACAAAGUAAGAAACCACAAACCAAAAGCGCGUUUUGGAUACGGGUGGAUUCAGUUGGAUCCUGGUUGAAGAUGCAUUCGGCCAGAUAUGAAUACGUCGAUAGAAAUGGCCAUCAUGAGCGGAUGGACUUCCAAACCAGCACAGAGAAGACAUCAAAGCGGAAGACCGGCAUCCUGAUCGGUGUUCUUCUGGCGCUUCUCAUCCUCGCAGCUGUUGCAGCGUUUCUCAUUUGGUUUUUUAUCUUUAAAGAUGCUGAUUCAGAAGCCACUAUUAGUCAGCAUCUUAUCCCUACAAGAUGUGUCUUCAGCGGCCAUAUGAAGCUGGCUGACGUGUCGUACGACCAGAAACUGGAGGACACCAACAGCAAACAGUUCCAGGAUUUGGCGGGAAAACUGCAGGGAGCUCUGAAGGAAAACUACAAGAGAGAUUCGCUCCUCGAACAAUACUACACUACAUCUGUGGUCACUGCAUUCAGCGAGGGCGUGAAAGCUUAUUACUGGUCCCAGUUUGAUAUUCCAGCCAGCGACCAGGAGAUCGUACCAGAGUUCUCAGAGGAGCGGGUGCUGGAGGCUCUGGAGGUGGGCUUUCAAGAGAAGCGUCGCACAGCGAGUCGCAGCGAUGUCAAGAUCACCGACGUCACCGCCACACUCACAGAUCCUCGCAUGGCCAGGAACCCCAGAGCCAAGGAGUGUUUCUUCCGACUGGAAGCAACUGAAAAUGGGCAGAACUUGACGUCUCCGGGGUACCCUGUAGCCUACCCUUGCAAGUCUCGGUGUCAGUGGCAAAUCAGGGCCUCGGAGAACAACGCCAUAUCUGUCAAGUUCCAUUCUUUCCACAUCGAGGAUGACUGCUCCGACGACUUUGUCUCCAUCUUUGACUCCUUGAGCCCAGAUGACUCCCAGGCCAUCACGCAUCAGUGUGGUAAGAGGCCUCCCUCCAACCCCCUGGAGGUGGUGUCAUCCGGCAACAUCAUGCUGAUUAACUUUAUUACUGACACUGAUGUCAGCCAUCCCGGCUUUGUGGCAGAGUAUAAAGCCAUCCCUCUGAUGAACGUUAAAAAGUGCGGUGAAGUCCUCUCUAACAACAGCGGAGUCCUCACCUCCCCGCUUCACCCCAGCUUCUAUCCUCCUGCUGUGGACUGCAAGUGGACCAUCAAGGUCCCUGCUGGGAUGAAGGUGCGGCUGAAGUUCACCACGUUCCGCAUGAAAGAGCCUGGGGUGGACGUCCGUGUGUGUCACAAAGAUUAUGUGGAAAUUAUGGGAACCAAGUAUUGUGGAGAAAUGUCCACUUUGUCUGUGACCAGUACCACCAAUACACUAGACGUGAUGUUCCACUCCGAUGAGUCUGACACUGACAAGGGCUUCAGAGCAGAGUUCAGCGCCUACGAUCCCAAAAACCCUUGCCCCUCAAAGUUUGCCUGCAACUCUGGCAUUUGCAUCGGAAAAGAACUGCAGUGUGAUGGUUGGAACGACUGCGGCGAUAUGAGCGAUGAGAUGAAGUGCAAGUGUGCAAAGGACCAGUUUGCUUGCGGAAAUGGUCUGUGCAAACCGAAACUCUGGGAGUGCGAUAGUGUCAACGACUGCGGCGACUGGAGCGACGAGACACGAUGCAGUUGCGAGGAGAAUGAGUGGCGCUGUGGGGACGGGCUUUGUAUGCCCCAGGAUGUUGUGUGCGACGGUCAGAGGGACUGUGUAGACGGAAGCGACGAGGCCACUUGUAAAACCUCUACGGGCAUCUGCUCCGACUACAGCUUCAAGUGCGCCAACGAAGAAUGUGUCAACAAGGUGAACGCCGAAUGCGACCGCGUCAACGACUGCGCCGAUAAGUCGGACGAGACCGGCUGCGAUUGUGGCACCAGGCCUUACAAGCUGAACCGCAUUGUGGGAGGACAGAACGCUGAGCUCGGGGAGUGGCCCUGGCAGGUCAGCCUGCACUUCCUGACCUAUGGCCAUGUUUGCGGUGCCUCGAUCAUCUCUGACACAUGGCUCCUUUCGGCUGCUCACUGCUUUGUCACAAACGAUCCAGUGAACCAUAUUGCAUCCAACUGGCAAACCUACAGUGGAAUGCAUGACCAAUACAAGCAGGAUGAUGUACAGCGCCGCCCAUUGAAGAGGAUCAUCUCCCACCCGGAUUACAACCGGAUGACCUUUGACUAUGACAUUGCACUGCUGGAGCUCAGCGAGCCACUGAAGUUCACCGACACCAUCCGACCCAUCUGCCUACCCGCUCCCUCCCACGUCUUCCCUGCAGGCAUGUCGUGCUGGGUCACAGGCUGGGGUGCGCUCCGAGAAGGAGGUCAAAAGGCACGGAUUCUACAGAAGGCACAAGUGAAAAUCAUCAAUGACACUGUAUGUAAUACGGUCACCGAAGGCCAAGUCACUUCCAGGAUGCUCUGCAGCGGGUUCCUGGCUGGAGGAGUCGACGCAUGCCAGGGAGACUCCGGAGGCCCCCUGGUGUGCUUCGAGGAGAGUGGGAAGUGGUUUCAGGUCGGCAUUGUGAGCUGGGGUGAGGGCUGCGCUCGUCGCUACAAGCCCGGAGUCUACACCAGGCUUACCAAGCUACGAGCCUGGAUCAAGAAGGAGACGAAGAUUUGAGGAUGUUGUGAGAAACGGGGAAGGGAUGCAGAGCGGGGAACAUCAUAGUGCUAAAAAUAAUGGAGAUGGAACAUUUUGGGUCUGAUUCGGGACAAAGUCUCUCUGAGAUUCUAUUCAUUUAGCAGCAGGCUGAGGAUCCUGUUGCAUAGACUCAGCUACUCAUAUGAAUGACUUAAGCACUUUAUUUGGUUGCCAACCUGCUCCUGAGCUCCUCCCACUCACACUUACACAUUUACAAGAACACCACACUGACUUACACUUUGAAUAGUUUUUACAGGAAUUCAUCAGCACAGUGUCUUUUAUCCCCCUCAAUCCAUAACAAUAUACCCUCAGUACAAAUAAUGAAAUAUGUAUAGAUUGGGAGUCAUUUUCCCUCUGUUUUUCUCUUUUCAGAUUUUAGUGUGUUUCUGAGUACAGCCUCAUUCCCUGAAAAUGUUAUUGUGUUUUUAAGCCUUAGUAUUAUAUAUUUCUAAACUGAUGAGAGCCUUCAUCGUCUUGCUGCAGUGAAUGUUGCACAUUGCCAAUAGGCUCAUGCAGUAAAUGGUUAUGAAUGUAGGGGUUUUACAUAAUAAUUGAAUUUUUGAUGAAAAGCUGAAAGAACAACAACAAAAAAAGAUAAAAAGAAUCAACAUCCAUGUUGAAGCAUUUUUCUUAUCAUGCUCAAAUGAGUGAAACCCGGAAGCUGCCUGGAAGGUAGAAAAAUGCCUUAAUCAAUCUAAAAGCCCACAGUUUUCUUUGGAAAAUGGCCAGCAGUAAAAUAUACCAGAUUUUUUGUAAGUGGGCUUAAAACAUGCAAAAACCACCAGCUUGGUCCUUGAAGAAUGAGACUGGAGUGAUUCGUAAGUUGUUUCUGAUUUGAACAGGCGUCCUCGAUCAGUGUUUCUGUUUUACAUUUACAGAUGCUUACUAGCCUUGGCUGGUCUGUGAAUUAUUUGCCAAAAUGUUAUAUUCAGAGGGGGAGAAUGAGGAUGAGGUCCAGCUGGCCUUUGCGCAGGUCUCUAGUUAAGCUCAGGGUGAUUGGGCUCUUCAAUCACAGCCGCUGCUCAGAGUCGAUGUAAAUCAGUGGGGUUUUGACGAGUUGCCAGAGCAAUGCAAUCCAUUCUUAUCCCCAUUAGGGUUUCCUCUCUUUGGUCACGACCAACUUAAUCAACUUCAGCUUAAACAACGUAUUUGACUGGAUGGUUUAUUUUACUCCAUUUGUCUGACACCUAUUCUGGAACUAAUAUAUCUCGAGUAAGCACACCAAAGAUUUGCUGAAGUAUUAUUUAUUGAAGUGGGAGAAAUUAUUGUUGAAGACAUAGCUCAGCUGGUUGUUUUUAUUAAUUCUGUUAGAGUAAAUGUGUAUUUUUCACAAAAGUAGGCAGAGGUCUCAACUUUUAUAUAGAUAUUUUCAUCAUGCGCUCGGACUGAUUCGGAUUACGGACUUACUUUACAUCCUUUCUUUGUUUGAGUGUUUUUUUUUUUUAUAUGAAAGCAUCAUGAUAAUAAACAUCUUUUAUCUGAUUCCACAGUA